AGAGAGAGCUGCCAGUCUGAAGUGCCACUAAGUUUAGAUCCUCUCCCCUGCUUCUCUCCCAGACACUGUGGUCCUAGCUGCUGGGGACAAAGUAAGGGAUCCCUCUUCUCUCACACAGAUUUGGCCACUGGAAGGCCGUCACAGGUGCCGUUGCCAUGGCGUCCCGCGGUGACCCGGCUGGGGAGCAGGUGGUUCCUGAGGAGGAGGAUGCCGUGAGUGUACGAUCCGUACAGGCCCGGUACCUUCGCAGCCCCUCUCCCAGCAGGUUCUCGAUAAUGUCUGAUGCAGAUACUGAAAGCAUCUUCAUGGAGCCAAUUCACCUCUCACCUGCUGUAGCUGCAAAACAGAUCAUAAACGAAGAGCUGAAACCCAAAGAGCUUAAAGUGGAGCCGGGGGUGCCGGAGACGAUGAUGGAGUCCGCGGAGCAGCUGCUGGUGGAGGACCUCUAUAACAGGGUAAAGGACAUGAUGGACGACAGCAGCCCCUUCGACACCCCCUGCGUCCUGGACAUCCAGCGGGCGCUCACCCAGGACAGGCUGGAGGCUCCCACCAACCCCGUGGAUGAGGUCUGGCCGAACAUCUUCAUCGCUGAGAAGGCUGUGGCAGUGAACAAAUCCAGACUGAAGAGGCUGGGCAUAACCCACAUCCUGAACACAGCCCACGGCACUGGCGUGUACACUGGACCCGACUUCUACACGGGCAUGAACAUCCAGUACAUGGGCAUCGAGGUGGAUGACUUCCCAGAAAUGGACAUCUCUCAGCAUUUCAGGCCAGCCGCAGAAUUCCUUGAUGAGGCUCUGCUCACCCACAGAGGUAAAGUCCUUGUGGACUCGAUGAUGGGGGUGAGCCGUUCGGCAGUGCUUGUAGCCGCCUACAUGAUGAUCUUCCACCACAUGACCAUCAUGGAAGCCCUGAUGACACUGAGGAAGAAGCGCCCCAUCUACCCGAACGAGAGCUUCCUGAGGCAGCUCAGGGAGCUGAACGAGACCCUGCUUGAAGAAAGGGGGGGGGGUGAGGAUGAUGACAGUGACACUCUGAGUCAGAGCUCAGUCAUUCAGGCUAAGACACAUUCUGUCAUGGCGGAGGAAGAGGAAUCAGGAAGCGUCAUGGGAGCAAAAGCCCAUUCUAUCUUCGUGGAGGAAGAGGACAAGAUGAGCACUAUGAGCAGCGUCUUGACCGCAGCAGCCAAGUCCAGCGUGGUUUCCAAAAGACCCACCCUCAUUGAUGAGGAUGAGGAGGAUAGGCUGUAUGAGGAAUGGAGGAAGAAACAAGGACUGCCACCCAGUGAAAAGCCAAACCCCAAAGAAGUCAAGAUACCCAGGCUGCCCGAGGAAAAAGAAGAUGAAGAUGUGGACGGCAUGAUCAGGGAGUGGCAACGGAGAAAUGAACAGUACCAGUCGGAGGACUGGUGGCGGGCGCAGCUCAUGAGCGAAGACGAGCAGUCUCUCCUGGGCGGCAGCUCCUUCUCUGCAAAUGGCUGUGAUGACUUGGAAAGUGUCAACAGCGUGGACAUCCGGGCCCUAAAAGAGCGCUUGGCAGCCAGUGGCGCCGGCAGGUUCCGCAGCGAUUCGGUCUCCACUGAAGACAGCGCAGCAGACAUUUGGACGAAAAGGCUGAGGGAGAUCGAAGAGGAGGCCGCGGCAAGAUAUGGCGACAAAGGCCGAGGCGCCACGGAGAACGGAACUGGGGAGAAAGAGAUUGACGAAGAGAGCCUGUUCUCUGAGACCAGCUCUUUGUACAACUUCUGCAAGAAAAACAAAGAGAAGCUCACCCCUCUGGAAAGGUGGAGGAUCAAAAGGAUCCAGUUUGGGUGGAACAAGAAGGACGCGGAAGCUGAGAAAGCCGAAGGCGGCAGCGUGCAGGGGGAAGAGGAAGAAACGAAAGUCGCUUCGGGCGAAGUCAACCUGACAGCCUACCAGAACUGGAAGCUGAAACAUCAGAAGAAACUGGGCACUGAAAACAAAGACGAAAUUGUGGAACUCAGCAAAGGAGAGGACACUGCUUCAAUCAAAAAGAAACAGAGACGUGCUGAGAUAUUGGAACGCUCCAGGCAGACCCUAGAGGAGAGCCAAUCCAUGUGUGGGUGGGACACAGAGAGCUCCAUGAGCGGAAGCAUCCCACUUUCUGCAAUUUGGCCCACCAUGUCUGCAAGGAGCAUCAGUGAUGACACCACUUCGAUGCUGAGCAUGCAGAGCAACCGAUCAUCCUUUUCUCAAUCAAGGAACCUGCAAGGCCUUCCACCAGCCCCCAUCACUCCUCUGCCAAAUAUUCAGGUAGGCAAUGAUGAUGCCAUCUCCUUGGCAAGCAUCCAGAACUGGAUUGCCAACGUUGUAACUGAGACUAUAAUCCAGAAGCAAAACGAGUUAUUGAUGCAGGGAGGCCUCCCUCCGAGUCGUAGUCCAUCUGUGAUGAGCUCAGGCGCAAGACCUGGUGCUGUGGGCAAAUACAUGGAUGAUGACAAAGUGUCCCUUCUGAGCAUGCAGAGUGGGGUAUCUUACGCAAGUUCCUCAUCCAGACAGAGGGAGCUGCCGAGUACAGACAGCCACUCGGUUCUGUCAUGCAGCAGUUUGUCCAACAUAAAACCUGAAGGACAUAGCUCCAAAGACAAAAUUACACGCACCAGCAAACCUCUCUACAGCCUGUUUGCAGAUGAUGUCGACCUCAAGAAGUUGGACACAAAAGACAAGGAAAUGAAAUCUGAAAUGAGAGGCAAAAUGUCUGCGUAUGAGAAAGAAAAAAUAGCUGCUGACAACAAGCGUAGCACCUUGUUCAGGAGAAAAAAGGCAAAAGAUGACAAGGAGGAUGAGGAUGACACCAUGAGAGCAUCUGGAAAUUAUUCGUACACAAAGUUCGACAGAUCAGACAGAUCUGAUACUGUACCGAAUAUUACUGGGCAGCUUUCUAGAUCAGUCACAGAAAGUGCAGACAAAACAAGCAGCAUCGACAAGUGGCUCAAUGACAUCAAAACGCCCUCCAGAUACCAACAGAAGUCUUAUGGUGGAGAAAGCUCCGAAGCUAAAUUCCCCAGGUCAUCAUACACCAAAGAAGACAACAUUGAGACAUCAUAUUCAAAGUCCUCCAGAGGCUGGAAGGAAUUCUCUGAUAGGUCCUUAAGCAGCCUGGAUGAGGUGUACAAAAGCUCAUCCAGAUUCUCUUCUAAAGAACCGUCAACAGCAUCAGACCUACACUCCUCUGACAGGUUUGGAGUCCAUAGCUAUGAUGAUCACAGAAGAAACAGUACAGAGUUAUAUGAUUUUAGGAGAUCAGCAACAACAGAGGAGGCUACCUCUAACAUUGCAACCCAAAAACACAGAUCGCAGGUAACAUAUUCUUCUGAAGAUGAUGACUCCGAAGAUAACCAUGGAUUAGAAUAUGGAGCUAAAAGAAGAUUCACCCAAAGUUUUUCAAAGUCAGAAGAGAAUAACAGAGAAACAAAGAGAAGUGACAGUGAUGAUGAGGAGGCUCCUUUAAAUACUUGGUAUAGAAUAAAAUCAAAGCCCAAAGAAGAUGAGGAGUUAGAUGACGAUGAAGUCAUCACUGCUUGGAGACGUCAACAGGAGUCAAAAUCAAGGACUCAAAGAAGAAGAGAAAUAUAAACCGUCACAUUCAUUUUGAAAGCAUGUGUACAUAUUCCAAAUCAGAAUAUGAUCUUCCAUAACAUUCGAUAAUAAUACAUACCAACAAGUAUUAUAUUUGAUUAACUUACAAUUAUUCUUUAAAAAUAAAUAAUAAAUCAUAUUACCUGCAAGAAUAUACAGUCACCUCUUUUACUUAUGCUUUCCUUUUAAGGGUUGAAGUAAUAAAAACAGAAAGAUUAUUCAUUAAAUAAUCUUUUGCCGCAAGGAUGCACAACAUGAAUACCUUGUCAUUUUGUAACGGACAGUUAUACCUUAGUCCGACCCAACUUCAUUUGAAAAUGUAGCUGAAAGUAUACUUACAGUCACUGCUUUGAUUUGGUUCAAACACUGAAUAGAGGUUUAAUUUCUUUAUUAUGAAAAUGUCUGUAAUUGAUCAUUUUCCCCCAUAACUGUCAGCUCUGCUAUGUCUGCCAAAACAUUUGACAUUAUUAGAAAUUGUACAAUCAAUGAAUCUGGAAAGAUUCAAGCCAUAUUCACUGUAUGUUGAGAUUUCUCGGAUAUACACUGUACUGCUGUUGUAUUUUCAUACCAUGUAUCAUUAAAUGUAUAAGUUAAAAAAA